GGGAAAGAGGUGGGUGAGAGAGGCGAGGAAGGAGCUCUAUAUUCACUCUGAGAGAAUGAAGGAGAGAGAGAGAGAGAGAGAGAGAGAGAGAGAGAGAGAGAGAGAGAGAGAUAGAUAGAGAGAGAGAGAGAAGACAAAGAGUGAGUGAUACUUCAGCGGAAGAAAGAAGUAAAAUGCAGAAAUAGUGAUAGAGAGAGAGAGAGAGCUAGAGACUGAGAGGCGGAGUGUGAAAGGAUAUACAUGAAACUGAGACCAAUGGAUCAACAACAUUGAUGGUGAAGAAGAAUGUUUUACUUUAAUAGUAACGAUUUUACAGAGGAGAAUUACUGAAAAACACAAACUUUAUGAUAGAGUCAACAUUUUUAUAUCAAUUGGACUAGAGAUGGCUAGAUUGGAAUGCAAAACUGAGGAAUACCUUCAUGAUGCUUCUGGGGUGGAAAGGUGCUGUGAGCGUUGUCAUAAAGGACAGUAUGUUCGCACCGACUGUGGCAAGUCUACAAAAACAGAGUGUGAAACCUGUCAACAUGAAUACUACACUGCUGAAUUAAACUCCUUGAAAAAAUGUUUACCCUGUAGGGUCUGCCAUUCCAGUAAUAACCAGAGGGUAUGGAGUGAGUGUGAAGCCAGUAGGGACAGGCAAUGUGUGUGUGUGACUGGUUUCUACUGUACGGACGAUGGAUGCGAACACUGCCUACCCGUGACCCUGUGCCCUCUGGGGUCAGGGGUCGUGAAAGAAGCCACCCCCCACAAUGACACAGUCUGUGCCCCGUGCCUACCUGGGACCUACAACAACAUCUCCGAUGCCAUCACACGCUGCCAAACACACACCAGGUGUGGGGACCUAGGGAGGGAGGUGAAAAGUGCUGGGACUGAGACGACCGAUGCUGUGUGUGAUGCCAUAUCUAUAUCUCGGUGUCACUGGAUACUGCCUACCAGUCUGUGGGCGGGACUAGUGGUGACCUCACUCCUCAUCAUAAUCUUGAUCUGCAUCUAUUGGAGGGCCAAGCGUCAAUCUUACAUGCCAGCCAACUCCAGUGGUCCUGGUAUUCCUGUAGAGCCUGCACCUCCUUCCUUCGCUCCAGCUGAGCUCAAGUUCCCCACAGAGUGCAACAGCCAUUGGAGCCUGGACCAGAAAUGUACUGAGGCACUCUUCAUCAACACAGCUGUUAUUCAGGUUAACGGCUGUACGUCAGACUGUGAAGUUGAGGCCAAUAGCUCCACCAUAACAAUGACAGCGUCAGAGCGAUUCAGCCAAUCGGAUCACAGUAAUGGAAUGAGAGGAAAUGUCAUCAGACCCUCCCGCUACCUAUCAGAGCCACAGGAAGAUGAGUGGCCAGGGACAUAAUUCUGAUUUUCAACAAAGUCUUUUUUUGUAUUACUUUUUACAACGAACAAGACCUACAUGGAAAAACAGAUGCGCAGAUUCCUCCUUGAAAGUUCUUGGAUACAAUACCUUUUUUGAAAGUCACAUCUCUGCAAUGUAAAUUUACUGAACUAUAAACAUUCUAUUAAAGGGAAAGUCACUUAUCUCUGCAAUGUAAAUAUACUAAACUAUAAACAUUAUAUUAACAUUCUUUGAUUCUUAGGUCAUUGAAAAAACUGUUGAGGAGGGUUUAAAUAAAGUGUAACCACUGAGGUCAAAUCUCA